AUGCCGCGGAUCGAAAAUGAGCCGAAGCUUGACUUCAAGGACGUGUUGCUCCGUCCCAAGCGGUCAACGCUGAAAAGCCGUGCCGACGUAGACCUCGAUAGGACGUAAUGAUAUUUCAUCUUUGUUUUCGCCAUGAAGAUUUUAUUUUUCCAGAUAUGAGUUCCGCAACUCGAAGCAAACUUAUUCUGGCGUACCAGUAGUCGCUUCGAACAUGGACACUGUUGGAACUUUUGAAAUGGCCUCUGCUUUAAAUAAGCACCGCUUGUUUACUACCAUCCAUAAGCAUUACACUGUAUUUCUCUAAAAUUCAAAAGAAAAUCAUAAAAUAACUUAUUUCCAGGUUGAUGAGUGGAAAGACUUUGCCGCCGCAGCCGAUGAUUCGACUUUCGACAACAUUGCGGUUUCAAGCGGAAUUUCAGACAACGAUUUCCACAAGCUUGCUGCGAUUAUCGAGAAUGUGCCCCAACUACGUUACAUCUGUUUGGAUGUGGCCAAUGGCUAUUCGGAAUCUUUUGUAGAUUUCAUUCGACGGGUUCGCGAAGCAUAUCCAAGGUGACUUUUUCAGGAAAGUCACAAAAUGAAUGAAAACGAAAAUACGCAAAUGUUAAUAAUCAAUGAAUAUUAAUCAAUUUUUUUCGCUUUGGAUAAGAAAAAUCUUCACUGCGUGCUUAUUCUUUGACUCUUGUUUUAUGCGCUGAGAAGUGCAUCCUAGAGUUUUCAAAAUUGUUUGACAAGGCGUACAGAAAAGCAUUGAUGAGUUUCCGGAAGGUUUCUGACUUUUUCCCAGUAUCAUUUUAGGUUAUGCAAAGAAAAGUCUCUGAACACCUGAACAAAGGUUUUCAGUAGACUAUAUCUUUUUGCAAGAAGAAACAUAACCUGUAAAUGAACCGAAAAACUUAACAUUUAAUGUGAAAAUAUUUGUUUUCAGCCACACGAUCAUGGCUGGAAACGUUGUGACGGGUGAAAUGGUGGAAGAGCUGAUUUUGUCUGGCGCGGAUAUUGUCAAGGUUAUUUCUAUCAUUUUUAUUUUCUGUUGUAGUUUCUUCUUUCAUUCAGGUCGGAAUCGGACCGGGAUCGGUUUGCACGACUCGCAAGAAGGCCGGCGUCGGUUACCCUCAAUUGAGCGCGGUUCGUCUUGAAUUAUAUAUUUUAAUAAGUCAUGUCUUAUUUGGAAUUUUUCCGGCUUUUGAAGAGUGUUUAUUUGCAAAUACUAAAGCCUCAGACGAUAUUGGUAAAAGUCUCUCUCUUCAGUAAGAAAUUUCGUCUAGGAAAUAAGGUUUUAUAGUCUUUUCUAUUGACUAAAAAAAUAAAGAAAAAUUUGGUACCUGUAGAAUCUUUAGAACUGAAAAAAACGGAUACUUCUUCAGAACUUUUUGCAUUAAAUAAAAGAAAGAUUUACUUUUUUUAGGUUUUUGGAAUGCGCCGACGCGGCUCACGGUCUGAACGGCCAUGUGAUGAGCGACGGCGGCUGUACUAAUCCUGGAGACGUCGCCAAAGCUUUCGGAGCUGGUUUUUCUGUUGAAAAUUGAGACUUAGUUUAACUAUAAACAUUUAGGAGCCGACUUCGUGAUGAUUGGCGGCUUGUUCGCUGGUCACGACCAGAGCGGCGGCGAUUUGAUUGAGACUAAUGGAAAGGUGAGAAUGAAUCAUGCAUUUUGAACAUUUCUUUUUUUUUCUGCAAUCAAUAAAAAAAUUUUUCAAAAACUUCGGAAGAAAUUUUUCACAGUGAUUUUUUUUGAUACGUUACCUCGUUCACAGAUUGUACAAGUUUAGUUUUUUUAAAAUUGUGUUUCAAAGAGUUUCAUUCAAAUGUUUUUUUUUGUAUUAAACAAAAAUUCGAAUGCAUUUUCUAAAUAUACUCUUUUUUCAGAAGUUCAAACUGUUCUACGGAAUGAGCAGCGACACGGCUAUGAAGAAACACCAUGGAAGUGUGGCAGAGUACCGUGCCAGCGAGGGAAAAACCAUCACUAUCCCUUAUCGGUUGGACCGAUUUUGUAGAUAUCUAGAAUGUUAAUCAAAACUUUUUUCAGUGGUGACGUCAACGCGACCGUUCUCGACGUCCUCGGUGGAAUUCGAUCGGCCUGCACCUACACUGGCGCCAAGCAGCUCAAGGUAAUUUUUGAGAAAUUCAUUAAUUUUCAACAAAAAGAGACCUCCAAAGAAGAUGAAUGUUCUCUGUAUAUAUUUUUUUUUCCAAGAUUCCAAUUUUUUACCCAUUUACAACUGAUUUUCAAGAUAUUAUUUACGUUCCUCAUUGUGACUUCAAUGACCGAAGAAGCACAUAAUAAAGGCUCAUAAGAGAUUCAAAAUGAUUUCCUUUUUGGUCGAUUGUACCCAAGGCCUUCAGCUUUUUCUGACGAUUUUACUAAGAUUUUACGAAAUCUGAAUAUUAAUUUUUUUCCAUUCGAGAUGUAAUAGAUAUGCAGAAAGAUUUAUUCCAGGAACUUUCCAAGAGGGCCACUUUCAUCCGCGUCACUCAACAAACCAACGACAUGUACGUGCCGUACGAAGUUCCAAAUCUUCCGGCUGGACCAAAAUAA